AUGGCUCACCUAAAACGACUAGUAAAUCUACAUCUUAAAAGACAUUACCAUAAAAAGUUCUGGAAGCUUGGUGCAGUAGUUUUUUUCUUUAUAAUAUUUUUGAUUUUAAUGCAAAGAGAAGUAAGUGUUCAAUAUUCCAAAGAGGAAUCAAGGAUGGAAAGAAAUAUGAAAAACAAAAACAAGAUGUUUGAUUUAAUGCUAGAAGCUGUAAACAAUAUUAAAGAUGCAAUGCCAAAAAUGCAAAUAGGAGCACCUGUCAGGCAAAACAUUGAUGCUGGUGAGAGACCCUGUUUGCAAGGAUAUUAUACAGCAGCAGAACUGAAACCCGUUCUUGACCGCCCGCCUCAGGAUUCUAAUGCACCUGGUGCUUCUGGCAAAGCAUUCAAGACAACCAAUUUAAGUAUUGAAGAGCAGAAGGAAAAAGAACGUGGAGAAGCAAAACACUGUUUUAACGCUUUUGCAAGUGACAGGAUUUCUUUACACCGAGAUCUUGGACCAGACACUCGACCUCCUGAAUGUAUUGAACAAAAAUUUAAGCGCUGUCCUCCCCUGCCUACCACCAGUGUCAUAAUAGUUUUUCAUAAUGAAGCAUGGUCCACGUUGCUUAGAACUGUCCACAGCGUGCUCUAUUCUUCACCUGCCAUAUUGCUGAAGGAGAUCAUUUUGGUGGAUGAUGCUAGUGUAGAUGAGUACUUGCAUGGUAAACUAGAGGAAUAUAUAAAACAAUUUUCUAUCGUAAAAGUAGUCAGACAAAAGGAGAGAAAAGGUCUGAUCACUGCAAGGUUGCUAGGAGCAACAGUAGCAACAGCUGAAACACUCACAUUUUUAGAUGCUCACUGUGAGUGUUUCUAUGGCUGGUUAGAACCUUUGUUGGCCAGAAUAGCUGAGAACUACACUGCUGUCGUGAGCCCAGAUAUUGCAUCCAUAGAUCUGAACACGUUCGAAUUCAACAAACCUUCUCCUUAUGGAAGUAACCACAACCGUGGGAAUUUUGACUGGAGCCUUUCAUUUGGCUGGGAGUCACUUCCCGAUCAUGAGAAGCAAAGGAGGAAGGAUGAAACUUAUCCAAUUAAAACACCCACUUUUGCAGGAGGCCUUUUUUCCAUAUCAAAACACUAUUUUGAAUAUAUUGGAACUUAUGAUGAAGAAAUGGAAAUUUGGGGAGGUGAAAAUAUAGAAAUGUCUUUCAGAGUGUGGCAAUGUGGUGGGCAGUUGGAGAUUAUGCCUUGCUCUGUUGUUGGACAUGUUUUUCGCAGCAAAAGCCCUCAUACCUUUCCAAAAGGCACUCAGGUGAUUGCUCGCAACCAAGUUCGCCUUGCAGAAGUCUGGAUGGAUGAAUAUAAGGAAAUAUUUUAUAGGAGAAACACAGAUGCAGCAAAAAUUGUUAAACAAAAGUCAUUUGGUGAUCUUUCAAAAAGAUUUGAAAUAAAGCAACGCCUUCAGUGUAAAAAUUUUACAUGGUAUCUGAACAAUAUUUAUCCAGAAGCGUAUGUGCCAGACCUUAAUCCUGUUAUAGCUGGAUAUAUUAAAAGUUUUGGUCAGCCUCUAUGUCUGGAUGUUGGAGAAAAUAAUCAAGGAGGCAAACCAUUAAUUUUGUAUACGUGUCAUGGACUUGGGGGAAACCAGUACUUUGAAUACUCUGUUCAACAUGAAAUUCGGCAUAACAUCCAGAAGGAAUUAUGUCUUCAUGCUGCUCAAGGUAUCGUUCAGCUGAAGGCAUGUGCUUACAAAGGUCACAAGACAUUUGUCACUGGAGAACAGAUAUGGGAGAUCCAGAAGGACCAACUUCUAUAUAAUUCAUUCUUUAAAAUGUGCCUUUCAGCAAGUGGAGAGCAUCCAAGCUUAGUGUCAUGCAAUCCAUCAGAUCCACUCCAAAAAUGGAUUUUUAGCCAAAAUGGUUAA